AUGGUGGAGAUUGCAAAACAUUUUGAUAUCAGUUAUGUGAACCCGAUUGGGAAACAGGAACUGUUUGACCUGUUGGUGAGUAGGUUGGAGGAAAAGGGCAUGUUCAGGCUGCCGACCCAGACUGUGCCUCCGGAGUCCGCGGACGGUGCCUCGGACAGAGGUGACCGCGAGCGCGACAGCGGCGCCCCGCCAGCGGGUGACCGCGGGCACGCGGAAACGCUUCCCGUGCCAGGCACACCUCAAGGAGACAUGACGGGGAAGACUGGGGCGGGACAGAUCCCCCUCAGCCUCCCCCGCUAUGAGCCGUUCUCUCCCGGCAGCGAUGGCUCGCGGGAUGAGGCUCGGCUGAAAGUGCGUCUUGCCCGAAUGCAGAUAGAGGCUCAGGAAAGAGCUCAGGAACGGCAGAUGCGUCUCGAGAUAAAACGUCUUGAGAUCCAAGCCGAGCAAGCGGUGCGGAUCAGACAGCUGGAGUUGGAAGCACAAGCCCGUCUUCCGGUAUCCCCUGCUGCUGACGCCCACACGGCUCAGCGCAGUCCUUCAGGAUUCCCCGCUGACGUCACUGCCUCUUCCCCCACUUUACUCA